CGGGCAGCAAGCAAAAAAAAAAUCUUCAGAAACAUAAAAUAAUUCGAUAAACACAGAGCUCAUUUGUUUAGCUCGCGAAUAAAAGGCUCAAAAGUUCGCGUUAAAAAGUAUUUUAGUGAUAUUCUGUGUUCAAUCUUGUGUACAAGUGAUUUGAGAAGAAUUAAAUAAGUGUUAAUAGCAAAAGGAUACUCAAGGAUAAAAUUUCAAGGAAGUGAAAAAUUCAAUAAUGCUUUUCGAAAACAGUCCAAACGCCGUAUUCUCUUAUACAACAACAAAUGGUGUUCCACAAAUUCAAAUUCCUGUCAAAACUCAUGGUGUCAUAGAGGCAAAUACAGUUGAACAUGAGAUACAUAAUGGCUUGAUACCAGUUAGUGCUACGGCAGUAAAUUGUAAUCCUAGUUCAAUUACUAAUACUAGUAGUACAACUCAAACAUUAUCUAACGGAGGUAAUUCAGGUAGAUCAACACCAAAUAAUGCAGAUAUGGCUCCGGGAAAAUUAUUUGUUGGUGGUUUGAGCUGGCAAACAUCUAGCGAAAAAUUACGCGAGUAUUUUGGAAUGUUUGGAACAGUUACUGAUGUUCUCAUAAUGAAGGAUCCGAUAACACAAAGAAGUAGAGGCUUUGGAUUUAUAACUUUCACGGAACCCGAUGCAGUCGAAAAAGUACUCAAAGUUCCAAUUCAUACAUUGGAUGGAAAGAAAAUUGAUCCAAAACAUGCUACACCAAAGAAUCGUCCGAAAGCUGCCAAUAAAACUAAAAAGAUUUUCGUUGGUGGUGUUUCACAAGACACCAGCGUCGAAGAAGUUAAAGCUUACUUCAGUCAAUUUGGUAAAGUUGAAGAGGCAGUAAUGCUUAUGGAUCAAACGACAAAACGCCAUCGCGGUUUUGGAUUCAUAACAUUGGCAGAUGAGGAUGUUGUCGACAGAAUAUGCGAGAUUCAUUUCCAUACGAUUAAAAAUAAGAAAGUGGAAUGCAAAAAGGCUCAACCAAAAGAGACUGUUUCUCCAGCAACACAAAUGCAAUUACAGAAGCGUUUGUUAUUAAACGGUCUUGGACUAAGAAUGCCAACAAAUACUGCCGUUGUUGGAAAUCAUCAUCAUCAUCAUCAUGCUGCAAAUGUAGUGCCAACAACUUUAACUGCUUAUCCGUUGAAUGUUGCAGCUCAGGCCGCUCAAGCAGCUAGUAUGGUUCCAAAUCAUCAUCAUCAUUUGACAAAUGCUGGUCUUGCCGCAGCUGCAGCAGCUUCAAAUAAUGGAGGAAAAUUAAUUGCAACAUAUCCCUCAUCAUUCCACGCUUUAAGAUACACUCCAUAUCCAAUGGCUCCGACUAUGCAAACUGCCGCAGCAGUAUCUCAGUUAUCAGCUCAGACAGCAAAUCAACAACAACAAAAUCCUCAGUUGACUGCAGCAGCUGCAAAUCCUUACCCAGGAUAUAAUUUGACAAGUGUCGAUAUGUCAGGCUUCAACGGAAUUGAUUGGGCAUCUAUGUAUGGCAUGUAUGUAUAAAAUGCAUCAUCUAUCUGUCUUUCUCUAUAAUUAUUUUCUCAGUGCUAAAUUACGAGAUUUAUCUUUGAAUUUUUACUUCUUAAUACUUAGUGUUACUCAUUCAUUUUGAUUAAUUUUUGAUUACUUAUUACACUUAACUUAAUUAUUUCCUAUUUUGGUAAAUUUUACAUUAAUUGUUUC